CUCAAUUCCUCUCUGCUAUUUAUUCAACUAAUUUGGUCUCCUACUAUAGGAUCUUCCACUCACCACCACUACCACCAACACUCUCUCUCACACAUAGAAUGAAAAAUGGUGGGUCUGAGUGUAGUGUUGGAAGCGCAGAAAAGUGUUGGUAGUAGUAGCACCACCAAGAAGCAGAUUCCUCAAGUCAUUAAUAAAACCACCAUGAUGCUCACCACCACCACCACCACAAACAACGACACUCCUUCUUCUUCCCUUUCUCCGUCUUCUUCUUCUUCUCAGAACUCUUUUGCGUUUCAGGGACCCACAGCCACUACUUUUCUAGAACAAUGCUUUCUGUGCAGGAAGAGGCUCUUGCCUGGCAAUGACAUCUACAUGUACAAAGGUGACAGGGCUUUCUGUAGCGUAGAUUGCAGGUGCAAGCAGAUUUUCAUCGACGAGGAAGAGGCUGUUACCAAAUCCAACUGUUCCUCUUCUUCUUCUUCGUCAACCUCUCCUCAUAAUCAUCACCGCAGAGCAACCACCACAAACAAACCUCCUCGGCAUGGUGCUGGUGGCGCUUUUGCAUACUGAGAUGACGAUCGUGGUGAAAAAAACAAAGGAAUAAUAGUAAUAGUAAUAAUAAUAUUAGAGACUAGAGAGAAAACAAGCAACAACAAUGAACAAUGGGUCAUUUUUUCUUUUUUCUAUUUUGUGCCAGUUUUGCCCUUGCUCUGCCUUGGUUAAUGACUUCAUGGCCCUUGUCCUUUUGCUUCCUAGUAUGAGGCCAAAAUGUCCUUUCAACUCUUUUUUCUUUUUCUUUUUUUUUUUGCAUCCAACUUAUUAUUAUUACAACUGUGAAAGGUGAGACGGAGAUAUCA